AUGCAGACAGUUCAAGAAUUGAGGAAGCAAACAUUCCCCUUCAAAUACUCAGACGAUAAAGAAAGACUGAAAAAAUUCAUCCUAUUCUUCCAGGAGAAUGACCAGUACAAAUAUUUGAAUGCUCUGAGAAGCCACCAGGAGACUAUCAACAUUGAUUUGAAUGAUUUAAAUCUUUACGAUGAGACAGGCAUAGCCAUCCGAUUCGAAAGAAACACCUUUUCUUAUUUGCAGCUAAUGCAUAAGAUAAUAGACGAAAUUCUCUUUAAUGGGGAUGAGUAUGCGAUUGAUGAGACCGAUGAUGUUUUUCUAUUUCAAAGAAUUUCAAGGCUGAAGGAACUCAAUCCUGAAAAGAAGGUUACUGAGGUAUUUCCAGGGCAGUUGCUUAGGAACUAUACUUUGAAUGUUAUUCCUAGGAAUAUUCAGACAAGAAGCGUCAGAGAUGUUAGUGCCAAUGAUAUUGGGUCUAUGGUUCGCGUAAGAGGCAUAGUUACUAGAGUUAGCCAGAUAAAACCCGCUAUGAAGGUGGCAACAUACAUCUGUGAGAGCUGUGGAACUGAGAUCUACCAGGCAGUGGAAAAUGAAACCUUUGAUGCCCUGGAAGAAUGCUUUAGUGAAAAGUGCAGGACCAGGAAAAUUAAAGGCACCUUAUGUUUGGUCACUAGAGGAUCUAAGUUUAUUAAGUAUCAGAGUUUGCAGCUACAGGAGCUUACCUCAGAUGUCCCCCAUGGAUCCAUACCCAGAAUUAUAAAUGUUGAGUGCUAUUCCAGUCUUACAGAAAAGGUCAAGCCGGGCGAGUAUGUUAUUCUUAGUGGGAUAUUCCUACCCAGACCAUACUAUGGAUUUAAGAAAUUGAGAGCAGGUCUACUAAACGAUAUUUAUUUGCACUGCUCUCAUAUCGAAUCUUCCAGCCUACAGACAUCUCCCCUACCCAUAAGCCCGUCCAUCGAUACUCUGGUUGCUUGCUUUGCACCUGAAAUAUUCGGAAUGAAGGACAUCAAAAAGAUUCUUUUGCUCAUGCUUGUAGGAUCACCACAAGUAAUCCGAGAAGAUGGAAUGAAGAUUAGGGGAGAUAUCAACAUACUUCUUAUUGGAGAUCCAGGUAUUGCUAAGUCACAGCUGCUUAAGACCGUAGUGAAGAUAUCCAAAAGAGGAGUGUACACUACGGGUAAGGGAUCCAGUGGUGUAGGUCUUACUGCCUCUGUAAUGAAGGACUCUGUCACUGGCGAGGUAGUUUUAGAAGGAGGGGCACUUGUCCUUUCCGACAAAGGAGUGUGUUGUAUUGAUGAACUAGACAAAAUGAAUGAGCUUGAUCGAGUCUCCAUUCACGAAGUAAUGGAGCAACAGAGCGUAUCUAUUUCUAAGGCUGGCAUUAACACUACUCUUAAUGCUCGAUGUGCAAUCUUAGGUGCUGCCAAUCCCGUUAAAGGUAGGUAUGAUCCCAAAAGAUCACUAGAACAUAACGUAGGCCUUCCCAUUUCACUCCUGUCUAGGUUUGAUGUUCUUUGUAUUCUUAAGGACGACUCUAAUUCAGACACUGAUCUUGCACUAGCCAGCCACAUAACUUCUCUACACUUCGAGGAGCCCGAGACUAUCCUUGAUUACUAUCACAUCCGAAAUUUUAUUGAGGGCUGCAAAGCAAUAAAUCCUGUACUCUCAAGGUCUAUCAGAGAGAGAUUACUUGAAGCCUAUUCAAAGGCUAGGAGACAGUAUUCCACCACUCCAAGAUACCUUCUAGCUCUGAUCAGACUGACCUUAGCUCAUGCACGUCUCAGAAUGAGUGAGAUCGCCACAGAGGAAGAUGCUUCGCAAGCCAUACAUCUUCUUGAACUAAUGAGGAUCCCAACUGUACAAGCCAAGGCUACUGUCAGUCUCAGAAAGGCGAUUUAUGAUUUUCUAAUGUCCUACGCUGUAAAUGAUGGUACCAAUGAGGACCAAAGAAGGAUUAUCGAUCUUAACACGGUGUUUUCAGUGCCAUCAAGCUACAGUCGAAAGGAUGUUGAAAAUGUGAUUCAAGAGUUCAAAGACGGUGGAAUAUGGAUUGAAGAUGACAAUAAGCUUAUAAUAACCAACUAA